AUAACAGUAAGCUAUCUGCAACGGGGCUGCGCGGGGGGUGAGAGCGAUCCUCACUCUGUCUGCGCGGGCGACCGGAUCUGAACAGACCGGACGGGACUAGAUGCUACGAACUUGCAGGAGCAGAGGGUGGACUCCAAAGCAGAGGACGUCUGGUUCCUUUUGGUAGAAAGUCAGGUCGAGGAAGCUUGUCUGAACACUGUGGAAGAAGACAAGGUGACCGUCGCGGGGCGUGAUGGCUGAGAAGAGGCUUUUCUCCACUCUUCUACUUCUCCUUGUCCUGGGAGGAGUUCUACCAAUGGCACAAGGCUCUACUUACCUGUCCGGGUAUCGCAUGAGGGCUCGCCUGCAGAGGGAUCGGCAAAUGCGCAACAUUCGACCAAACAUCAUCCUCAUUCUGACCGAUGAUCAGGAUAUAGAGCUGGGCUCCAUGCAGGCCAUGAACAAAACGCGGCACAUCAUGGAGAAAGGCGGCACACAUUUCUCCAACGCUUUUUCCACCACGCCGAUGUGCUGCCCGUCCCGCUCCUCCAUCCUGACGGGGAAGUACGUGCACAACCACCACACCUACACCAACAACGAGAACUGCUCCUCGCCCUCCUGGCAGGCCCACCACGAGCCACACACCUUUGCCGUGCACCUCAACAACUCUGGCUACAGAACUGCCUUUUUCGGAAAGUAUCUCAACGAGUACAACGGCUCCUAUGUGCCCCCUGGCUGGAGGGAGUGGGUGGCCCUGGUGAAGAACUCGCGCUUCUACAACUACACUCUCUGUCGGAAUGGAGUACGAGAGAAACACAGCGGUGACUAUUCGAAGGACUACCUGACAGACGUCAUCACCAACGACAGUAUCAACUACUUUCGGGCCUCCAAAAGGAUGUAUCCCAACCGUCCUGUCAUGAUGGUUCUGAGCCACGUUGCACCGCACGGUCCGGAGGACUCCGCCCCACAGUACAGCACCGCUUUCCCCAACGCUUCACAGCAUAUAACUCCAAGCUACAACUAUGCUCCAAACCCCGACAAACACUGGAUCCUGCGCUACACGGGGCCCAUGAAGCCUGUCCACAUGCAGUUCACCAACAUGCUGCAGCGCAGGAGGAUGCAGACCCUGCUGUCUGUGGAUGACAGCAUGGAGAAGGUGCACAACAUGUUGGUGGAGACCGGUGAAGUGGAUAACACCUACAUCAUCUACACGUCAGACCACGGCUACCACAUUGGACAGUUUGGGCUGGUAAAAGGCAAAUCAAUGCCUUACGAGUUUGAUAUCCGCGUUCCCUUUUAUGUCAGAGGACCAAAUGUGGAGCAAGGUGCCAUUAACCCGCAUAUGGUGUUGAACAUUGAUUUGGCGCCAACGCUGUUGGACAUGGCCGGUGUGGAUAUUCCUGCAGAAAUGGAUGGCAAGUCUAUCCUUAAGCUGAUGGACACGGACAAACCAGUCAACAGGUUUCAUUUGAACAGGAAAAGUAAAACGUGGAGAGAUUCCUUCCUUGUGGAGCGAGGAAAGCCUCCACACAAGAGAUCUGAUGGGAAGGAAAUGGCCCAGGAGGAGAACUUCCUGCCCAAAUACCAGCGAGUGAGGGAGCUGUGCCAGAAGGCAGAGUACCAGACUUCCUGUCAACAGCCAGGACAGAAGUGGCAGUGUGUGGAGGACCCGACUGGCAAGCUGAGACUGUAUAAGUGCAAGGGCAUGGCGAGUCUCUAUGCCCCACGAAUGCAAGCUCUGAUGGCCAGCAGCGGCUCCCAGCUGCCUCCUUCAUCCACUGAUGACAGCUGCAACUGUGGCAACGUGGGUGUUAAAACAUCAGCCCUGAAGCCAAAGAAACUGCUCACUAAGAAAAAGAUGAAAUCUAGCAAGUCUGCAUCCAGGAAGCGUUGGGCCCGCUCUGUAUCAUUUGAGCUGGAUGGAGACAUGUACGCUGUGGACCUGGAGGAGUCCUACUACCAUCCCACCAACUUUCACAACAGCAGCUGGGCCCGAGACAGAAGCCGAGGAGCGCUGCACGGAGAGGAUGAUGAAGAGUUCAGUGGCAUGGGAGUCACAGCCAGGCCCACCUCCAACAUACUCACCCCACCUGCUUCUCUAAAGGUCACUUACAGGUGCUCCAUUCUCAUGAACGACACAGUAAAAUGCGAUGGUGGCCUUUAUAAGUCCCUGCAGGCAUGGAAAGACCACAAGCUGCAUAUUGAGCACGAGAUUGAAACCUUGCAGACCAAAAUAAAGAACCUGCGUGACGUCAAAGGUCACCUGAAAAAGGUGCGGCCAGAGGAGUGUCAGUGUAGCACACCCAGUUAUCUGCUGGAGAGUAAAGAAAACUUUAUGUUGAGCACUGGGCGCGUGCAUUCCCUCAGAAUGCCGUCAAAGCAGAAGGCCCAGUGGAUGCAGAAGGAGCAGAAGCGUAGAAAGAAACUUCGUAAAUUCCUCAAAAGGCUCCAGAACAACGACACCUGCAGCAUGCCGGGCCUCACCUGCUUUACUCAUGACAAUCAUCACUGGCAGACCGCCCCCUUCUGGACAAUGGGCCCAUUCUGCGCAUGCACCAGCGCCAACAACAACACGUACUGGUGCCUGCGGACCAUCAAUGACACACACAACUUCCUCUUCUGUGAAUUUGCUACUGGUUUCCUGGAGUAUUUCGACCUCAACACUGACCCCUACCAGCUGAUGAACGCUGUCAGCAGCCUGGACCGCGACGCUUUGAAUUCCCUGCAUCAACAGCUCAUGGAGUUGCGUGGGUGCAAGGGACAUAAGCAGUGCAACCCUGAGAAGGGAGGCAAAGAACGAAACUACUUUAGUGAAUACAGGCCAGUUCAUCGUCGAAAGAGGCCAAAAGUGAAGAAACCGUCCUCCAAGUCGCUGGGCCAGAUUUGGGAAGGAUGGGUGGGUUAAACUCUCCCACGACCGACCACACACGACACGCGCCGAUGGACCGGAACCUGUACUUCAUUAGUCUGGGUUCGGAUUUAUGACGGAGAUACCGAUAAGAGGCGUAAAGAAACUGCGAGGGGAGCCUCCGUUCAUCCUGGCACUUUUCAUUCCCCGUGUAAGCUCCCAUCAACUAUGAACGUCCACACGUCAAAUGUCGGGACACUCUGUGAUGCGCAAGCUCCUGGGCCUACACUGCUUUGUAGAUAAUAAGAAUUAGCUUUAAUCACCCAUGAGACACUGGACAUGAGCGGACCGAGCUGCUGCUACCCAUUCAUGUAGUUUUGUGGCACACGCUUAACCCUAGCAAUACCACCCACCGCAUAUUUUUUUAUUGUCCGUGCAAAUACUUCUGUACGAAUGUGGACUUUGAAUUGUAUAACUGACCUUUCGCCAUGAUCUUUUGUAUCAUAGUUGAACUUUACUCUCAUGAAUGUCCUCAUUGAGGCGGGUCUGAUCAACCCAACCGUCCAAAAUACACUACAUUGCCAAAAGUAUUUGGCCACCUGCCUUGACUCGCAUAUGAACUGGAAGUGCCAUCCCAUUCCUAACCCAUAGGGUUCAAUAUGAUAUGGGUCCACCUUUUGCAGCUAUUACAGCUUCAACUCUUCUGGGAAGGCUGUCCACAAGGUUUUGGAGUGUGUUUAAAGGAAUUUUCCACCAUUCUUCCAAAAUUGCGUUGGUGAGGUCACACACUGAUGUUGGUGGAGAAGGCCUGGCUCUCAGUCUCCGUUCUAAUUCAUCCCAAAGGUGUUCCGUCGGGUUCAGGUCAGGACUCUGUGCAGGCCAGUCAAGUUCAUCCACACCAUCCAUGUCUUUAUUGACCUUGCUUUGUGCACUGGUGCACAGUCAUGUUGGAAGAGGAACGGGCCCGCUCCAAACUGUUCCCACAAGGGUUGGGAGCAUGGAAUUGUCCAAAAUGUUUUGGUAUGCUAGAGCAUUCAAAGUUCCAUUCACUGGAACUAAGGGGUCAAGCCCCACUCCUGAAAAACAACCCCACACCAUAAUUCCUCCUCCACCAAAUUUCACACUCGGCACAAUGCAGUCCGAAAUGUACCGUUCUCCUGGCAACCUCCAAACCCAGACUGGUCCAUCAGAUUGCCAGAUGUAAAAGCGUGAUUCAUCACUCCAUGAACGCUUCUCCACUGCUUUAGAGUCCAGUGGCGACGUGCUUUGCAUUGAACUUGGUGAUGUAUGGCUUAGAUGCAGCUGCUCUACCAUGGAAACCCAUCCCAUGAAGCUCUCUGCGUACUGUACGUGGGCUAAAUGGAAGGUCACAUGAAGUUUGGAAGCUCUGUAGCAACUGACUGUGCAGAAAGUCUGCGACCUCUUUGCGUGGCCGAGUUGCUGUUGUUCCCAAACUCUUCCAUUUUCUUAUAGUAAAGCCGACAGUUGACUUUGGAAUAUUUAGGAGCGAGGAAAUUUCACGACUGGAUUUGUUGCACAGGUGGCAUCCUGUGACAGUUCCACGCUGGAAAUCACUGAGCUCCUGAGAGCGGCCCCAUUCUUUUACAAAUGUUUGUAGAAACAGUCUCCAUGCCUAACUGCCUAAUUUUAUACACCUGUGGCCGGGCCAACUGAUUAGGACACCUGAUUCUCAUCAUUUGGAUGGGUGGCCAAAUACUUUUGGCAAUGUAGUGUAUUCGUGUCAUAGCUAACUCCAUUCCCCACCUUUGUAUUGUCAGUACCACACAGUCUCCAUCCAGCUUGCUAUAUAAUAUAUACCAUGGUGCUACAGGAUAAUGAUACAGAAACGCCGUGUGCUGUACAGUACAGUUUGUAAUUGAAUGUAUGUUGUGCAAUUAAUAUAAAUGUUUACAAUAUUUUUAUAAUAGCGAAGAGGCGGACCUCACUGUGUGAGUUGAAACAGGGAGACUUGUAGAUAGAGGAAUGUUGAAUGAGGAAAUUCUGACGCCUGCAAUUUGUCUUUUGCUUCUUUACAUGGGAAAAGCACUUCAAAGGAUUCACUGUGAAGACAUCGAUCUAUAGAAUUUAUGAGGAACACAACAACGUUAUGAACCUGAUGAUGUGAUUUUAAGCGAUCUACCUUUUCUCCCACUUUUUUUCCCCCUCUAGCAGUUUGCCUGAGUGCUGGUAGUCAUUGUGAAUAAAGUCUUGUUU